CCGAUCGAUCUCCUCCGCCUCCUCCUUUCCGCCCGUCCCCUCCUCUCCCGGCGACGUGUGUUAAAAGUUACCGACAGAUCGUCGAGGCGGCGCUCAAGAUGGAUCACAAACUCCAGUGAGGACAAAGAAAUGGAUCAGGGCGGAUUCAAGCGCAGUGCUAACCAAGACGACAGCCUGACCUUUGGGGAGACAGGAGUCGGACAAGGCGGCGACACAGGUGACGCAGCUGCUUCUCUGCUCACGUCCACAAUGCACCUGCCUGGCCCCGGGUCCAUGCCCCAGCUCAAAGUGGCCCCAAACGGACGGACUGGAACCAAAGAGCAGGGCGAUUUUGCAGGCCUCUUUGAUUCCCCUCAUGGUCAGUAUGAGGGGUCAGACAAGGAGGCCAAAAUCAUGAGAAUGCAGAAGCCGCAACAACCACAGGAUAUCGGUAUGUUCAACAUGGAGGGCAAUUUGCCAUUUUCUGAUCUCGAUCAAUCAGCCACCACGGUCAUCAGCACCUCAGACAACUCAGUCCUGGGGAACCUACCUCUGCCAAAUCUUUUCCCACAGCGCAUCAAGCAGGAGGGAAAUUUUUCUCUGGAAACUGAUUUGGGAACUUACAGCGGACAUACAGCUGGUGGACCAUGUGAUUUGGAUGGCAACAGCAUUCGCCUCAUUGAGGAAACUGUGAUCUUUCAAAACCUGGACCUUCCUAAUUCAUUGCCAGAAAUCAGUGAUUUAGAGUUGAUGUCAGAAGUGGCAAAUUUGGAUACCAUUCUGCAUGACACCGGUGGUGGUGGUGGUCCUGACGGCAGCUUGCUAAAGGAAGCAAAGACUCUGGUGGGUAACGGUGGGAGCUCCACCAGUUCGAAUGGCACAGACCAGCAGCAACACAUACACCAUUAUCAACAGCAGCAGCAUUGCCAUCUACUGCAACCACAGCAACAUCCGGUUCACCCUCCACUUCAGCCGUCUACGCUUCUCUCUACCGUUACAGUCAAGGUAGAGAAAGAGCAGGACAACUCCUUCAUCCACAUCCGUACCCCUGGUGUGAUCAAGCAGGAGAAGCAAGACAACAGUGCUUUCUGCCAGUCACAGUGUCUCCAGAGCAGCAUGAGCUCUAUCCAUGGAGGAGGCCCGAUGUCCUCACCCAUGGGAGUCAGUGCAGGACCCGGCUACCACUUCAAGGCCAACCCGGCCUCCACGGUGGGCCUUCAAGACCAGAAGCCUUUUGGCAUGUACUCAAAUGUGCCUCAAUCUGUGGAGGAGAGUUGGGCUCGAGGGAACAGGUAUGGGGAACCGUCAGGGGUACAGAGAGGCAAUGACGGGCUCCCCUCCCCUGCUCUCAUGGCAUCUUUUCCUGUCAGCUUCUCCAGCUCAUCGCCCAGAGCGGGAGAAAACAGCGGUUCCUCAGUGCCUGGCCCGACCAAGCCCAGUGGGCAGACCCAAAAGAUCUGCUUGGUGUGUUCAGACGACGCCUCUGGAUGCCACUACGGGGUCGUGACGUGUGGCAGCUGCAAGGUGUUCUUCAAGAGGGCCGUUGAAGGAUGGAGAGCACGACAAAACACGGAUGGCCAACAUAACUAUCUCUGUGCGGGGAGGAACGACUGCAUCAUCGAUAAGAUCCGCAGGAAGAACUGUCCGGCCUGCCGCUUCAGGAAAUGUCUUCAAGCUGGAAUGAACUUGGAAGCGAGAAAAAACAAGAAAAUGAAGAAAAUCCCCCAACCGGGAUCAUCAGUGCCUGACAUCAUGCCGGUUCCCGUCCUCCCGAGGAUGCCCCAGCUCGUGCCCACCAUGCUGUCUGUGCUCAAGGCCAUCGAGCCAGAGAUCAUCUACUCGGGCUACGACGGCACGCUGCCGGACAACUCCUCGCGCCUCAUGAGCACGCUCAACAGGCUGGGGGGUCAGCAGGUCAUCUCUGCAGUCAAGUGGGCCAAGUCUCUGCCAGGCUUCCGUAACCUGCACCUGGACGACCAGAUGACUCUGCUGCAGUGCUCCUGGCUCUUUCUGAUGUCGUUCGGUCUGGGAUGGAGGUCGUACGAGCAGUGCAACGGCAGUAUGCUCUGCUUCGCCCCCGACCUCGUCAUCAACAAAGAGCGUAUGAAGCUGCCCUUCAUGAACGACCAGUGUGAGCAAAUGCUGAAAAUCUGCAACGAGUUUGUCCGACUGCAAGUGUCCUACGACGAGUACCUGUGUAUGAAGGUGCUGCUGCUGCUCAGUACAGUACCCAAAGAUGGCCUGAAGAGCCAGGGGGUGUUUGACGAGAUCAGGAUGUCGUACAUCAAGGAGCUCGGGAAAGCCAUCGUCAAGAGGGAGGAGAACGCCAGUCAGAACUGGCAGCGCUUCUACCAGCUAACUAAGCUAUUGGACUCCAUGCAGGAGAUGGUGGAAGGCCUUCUACAGAUCUGUUUCUACACCUUUGUGAAUAAAACCCUCAGCGUGGAGUUCCCGGAGAUGCUCGCAGAGAUCAUCACCAACCAGAUACCAAAAUUCAAAGACGGGAGCAUCAAGCCGCUGCUGUUCCACCAGAAAGGACUGCCAUAAACUGUGAAGCAAUGACUUUAAAAAAAAUAAAUAAAUCCUGCAAUCAUGCAAGAGCACAAUACCUGUAGCCACACGCCUCUUAAUCCGAUUUUCUCAGAUUUGGCCAAAAACGACGGCAGGAGGCUCGACCGCUACUGACCAGUCGCCUUUUUCCCCGGCUAACCGAGAAGAAAUUUGGCCUCCGGAGAAAUCGGCUUUGCAUCUGAAUGUCUCGUGGCCAGGCUACAUUUUGGUGAUCUUUUGCCCGCCUCUUUGUCCUCAAGCGCCUCCCCUCCCCCCCCGCCUCCUGUUUUGUUUUACACAGACGAGCCAACUCCGAGCGCCGCCUUGUUCCCCUCCUUCAGCGCUACAGCGAACACACUGUCCAGCAACCUGUUGAAGCUUGCCCCAAGUUUCUCCCCCGACUUGUUUGUGUUUGCCCGUCUCAGCUCAGCACGCGUGUGUGUGUGCGUGUGUGCGUGUGUGUGUGUGUGCGUGUGUGGUUUCCACAGAACAGUUUGGUGAGGAAAACGCUCUCUCUCUCUCUUUUUUAACCCUCCUCCGCCUCCCCAUUCUUUGGACCCGAGGACAGUGAGGGCAAACUCUGUUUUCAGCUAAUUAUUGGAUGUAAAUGUUCGCACACUUUUAUUUUAGACCACACAAGCAAAAGGUCCCGCUUACACACACACACACACACACACACACAGAUACAGGAAGAAUACAUGCAUUCACGCGGUAAAGUGUUUACUCAGGAUGCAUCAGACAAGGGAAAAACCAGUGCCUUUUCUAGCUUUUUUUAAGCUCUUAAACAGCCAUUUCAAAGCAGUUUCUUUGCAUCAGAAUGUAACUCUCGACAUGUUUUCUACACUUUGUUUUGGCAGUUUCUGUUUUUCUGUUUUCUCCUCAAUUUGGGCAGCUUGUCACUGUUGUGAUCACCGAGAUAAUACCCACGACGAGUAGUAGUGCAGAGCCGAAUAACAACAAACAGAAAAACGAAGCGGCAGUUUUUCUAUCUUGAAAAGUUGAAUCUCCUCGUCGGUCACAGCACACGUAUCGACACACGAUCCCGUCUGAUACCUAUUCUCUCUAAGGAAAGAAUUAAGAAGAAGCUGAAAGCAGCUACGUCCAUGGAGACCACUGGAAUUGAACAAAGACAUAUCUGAUGUUUUGUACACAAACCUUUGCAACGUAUUCAUAUGCAUAAGAUAAUACAACGAUAAUUUAGCCAUAAGUCAAAACUGUCCUACUACCAAGUAUAGUGUCCUGAUUUUAAAAUAUGUGCUUUUAUGGGACUGCAGUCUCAGAAAUCCCAUCAUGGUGAAAUAGGAAUGGAAUGAUUCCCUCUGGUGUGUUGUUGUUGUUGCAGCUUCACAUGAUUACUGGACUUUAGAAAUGCUAUCCACUUAUUAUCAGGAGAAAGACUGAAUAUUAUGCCCUUUAAUCUCUGUGUUUCUAACACACAGAAACUCUGUUCUCAGCACAAGAUUUCACCUUUUUUGAAGGGGGGGGAAAUAUGUGGUUUGGUCCAAAUAAUUUAUACAAAAAGAAAACGAGUGACGAAAUCAUCUGGAUUCGUUUUUUCUCCCCCCACUAGUGCCAAAUGUCGUGUGCAAGUUUUGUGUGCGUCUUCUUUUCUCGAUGAUGAUUCACUUGUGAUCUGACGUCACGUCGUCCUUGAGACUUUGCUCAGUGUCUCACCUACACCAGCUUAGAGAAGUACCGAUUUUGUGUUUGUGUUUGUGUUUUUUUACGAUGACAAAAAGUAGUUGUGAAGAAACAGGUGGUGAUUUUUUUUUUUGGUACAUGUGUAAUGUGAAAACGAUGAUUGUACCAGCUUACGUGCUCGCCAAAGCAGAUUUGAAGCAGUGCCGCAGUCGUGCACUUGUGACGUCUGCGUAAAUCCAGUGACCCCCGUCCCCUCGUCCUCCCCCCACCACACGCGCAAAAGACUCUGUCUCCUUAAUGUCUCUCAUAAUUGCCAAGCCUCUCUGCCUACAACGUCCACCGUAUAGAUUUUCUCAGCUGUUUACUCUGAAUGGUACUUGUCCUUCUGCACUACGGAAGUCUGAAUGGCAGUUGACAGCGCAGGUAGCACGUCGUCAUGGAGACCGGCCAUUUGUGUGUUACUUACAGUUAACGGGCGCAGCGGGCGCUUGAUGACAUACAAACCACUAUUCAUUAGGAGGCUGUAGCUGUUUUUGAAAUCUGCCUUUUGGAUUUAGUCGUCCGUGCCGGGGUCGUUUCGUGUAAACGUUGGUUACACAUGAGCUUAAUGCUGAUGCUGCUGCUGAUGCUGCUGCUGCUGAUGCUGCUGCUGCUGAUUUUUCUCGGGAAGAGUUGACUUAUCCGUCUAUUGUCCGGGUAACUUUGCAUACAGUAUUACGGCUGUUUUCAAGUGGCGGUGCUUCAGGAAACCAGCUCUAACACACUGAUGUACUUAUAUAUCCCCUCGCUCCUCUCUAAAAACAGCCAUAGGUGUGUGUACUAUAAAAUAGCAGCGCGGACAUAUCCAGUGCUACGCAAAAGUGUCUAUUAUUACAAAAUAUUUUUGCAUAGACAUAAUCUCUAUAUUCCUAUUCACUUACUCUUCUGCUUUUCAGCUCCACGUAAGACUAAAGGCCUUCUGAAAGGGAGUCAAUGAGCCAUAGAAAUAAGAUUUCUAAUCAGGAAAUAGAUAAACCCUUACGAAUAUUUGUGUUUGUGGAGAUUGACGUGUUUAAAAAAUGCAUACAUAUAUGUGUAUGUAUAUAUAUAUAUAUAUAUAUACAUACACAUAUAUAUUAAAAAAAGAUGAUAUUUUUUGCAGUUUUUAAUACAUCCGCUUAAUCCUCUUUAUAAUGGUUUUACUCAAUCCUUUUUUUUUGUAAAUUGAACGAGUCGAGAAAGUAAAUAUUUUUCCGUUUGUUGGUUUGUGUUUGAUAAAGGUAGAUGUGUUGAAUACGUUAGGAAGUGUUGAACAUUCUUUUUUUUUUGUCUUGUGAAGUCAAUGUAAAUUUUACAAGUCAACGGGAAAGUCUACACCAGAGAGCUCACUGUGUUUUACAGAGUUAUAUGAGGGGGAAUACGGCGGGAGGUGAGGUGGACUGGGGGAAUGUUUUGUGUUAUAGAGUGACCAAAGCAGUAAAGGUUUAACAAACCAAAAGAAGUAUUCAAGUAGUUACAUUUUCAGUAGCACUUAUUAUCCAACUUGUAGUACUUCUUUUUAUUCAACAGGUAUCUUUUGUAAAGGUCAAGGCUGUGGAUCCCAUGUAUAUUGCUGUGAGGAUUUACUGGACACUUCAAAAUAUAGGAAAAGAUAAAAAAACAAAACAACAACAUAGAAUCUCCACGUGAAAGUAAAUCUGCCAGAGCCUAAUGGAAUUGCACUACCCAUGUAUUGGUUGAUAAAGUCUAUUUUGUAUAAAAUAUGUGCAAAUGUUAUCUUUAAAGAUUAAGGGCAGAUCAUGUUCCAUUGUUCAAUAUGGCUAUGGCUUUCACUGAAGUCUGUUCUGUUCGUAUUUCAGUUUAUGUAAAUGUAAUCCAAUGUAAAAAGACGAAAAAAAAAGCAGACAAAAAUAUAAAGUGUUUGUUUUAAAGAAAAAAACAAUAGUUUGUAUUACUUCUGUAUUACACCUCUUCUGUAGUCAGUGUCAAUAUUUUCACCUAUUGAUUAAAUGUUGAAUUAAGUUAUCUGUGUUGUUCUUGGACAUUGGAUUUGGCAUCCUGUCGGUGGCAUCUUGAUGUUUUUUUUUCAUCACUAGCUAAAAAAUAAGAGGGGAUUUGGAAGAAAUCAUUUCUCCUUGUUUCAAACAUCUUACACAAUAAAUGUGUCUGCUGUCCAAUA